AUGCCCUACCAGGAUGCAUUGGCUCUCGGACUGGGUCCCCUCCAAGCUGAAGAAUUAAAACUUCGAAAGGGCCAAGCCAAUGACUACCUCGAAAAGCUUCAAAUGGCCCUUGGUCAUAAGGCCAUCAUCUAUCGUCAGUAUUUUCGAAGUGCUAAUUCUACAUGGGCUGGGACUAGGUCAAAGCAAGAAGCUCAACGCUGUCAGCUCAAAAUUGACAAGUGUGUAAGAAGCUAUCAGAGGGCAAGGUCAGCAAUGGAAGGUCUAGGCAUGGAUAAAGCCACCUUGGGGAGUCUUUAUCAGCCAAUAUCGCCUACAGAGCUCAGUAUAGACAAAAAGGUGACAGAAGAAAAUAGAUUUAGACAAGGGUCAGACAGGCUGGCUUGGUUUUGGAGGGGAAAUAAUGCAAGCCAAGGUCAAGACGAUGCCUGGAUAGAUGAAUUCUACAGGGUGAACUGGUUGAAGGCUAAGGCUAGAUGGAAUAGAUGGCAAGAGGAAUUAAGGCUGGUAAGACAUGAAAUGGGUUGGACCAUAAACUGGUUCAAGUACCACCAGAAUGAAUGGGAGAGAAGGGGUGGCCAAGCCACCAGACCUGGUCAUCAAGCCUAUGCUUAUCAGCAGGUCUUGAUGUGGGGAAGAUUUGUUGAGGAGGCAGAGAAAAAUUUCAAUGGAUGUCAAUUUAUACUUUGA